AGGAAAUAAAUAUGAAGGAAACUGAGCUCUAAGCAGCACGUAACCUGGCCUGCAUCCAGGAAAUAGAGGACUUUGGAUCCUUCUAACCCUACCACCCAACUGGCCCCAGUACAUUCGUUCUCUCAGGGAAAAAGCAAGGUCCCAACAGCAAAGAAAAGGGAAUAGGAUCAAGAGAUACGUGGCUGCUGGCAGAGCAAGCAUGAAUUCGAUGAAUUCAGCAGUUCCAGUGGCCAAUUCUGUGUUGGUGGUGGCACCCCACAAUGGUUAUCCUGCGACCCCAGGAAUCAUGUCUCAGGUGCCCCUGUAUCCAAACAACCAGCCACAAGUCCAUCUAGUUCCUGGGAACCCACCUGGUUUGGUGUCAAAUGUGAAUAGGCAGCCCGUGCAGAAAACUUUGAAAGAAGGCAAAACCUUGGGGGCCAUCCAGAUCAUCAUCGGCCUGGCUCACAUCGGCCUCGGCUCCAUCAUGGCGACAGUUCUCGUGGGGGACUACCUGUCUAUUUCAUUCUACGGAGGCUUUCCCUUCUGGGGAGGCUUGUGGUUUAUCAUUUCAGGAUCCCUCUCUGUGGCAGCAGAAAAUCAGCCAUAUUCUUACUGCCUGCUGUCUGGCAGUUUGGGCUUGAACAUCGUCAGUGCAAUCUGCUCCGCGGUUGGAGUCAUACUCUUCAUCACAGAUCUAAGUAUUCCUCGCCCAUAUGCCUACCCCAACUAUUAUUCUAACGCCUGGGGUGUGAACCCUGGAUUGGCGAUUUCUGGCGUGCUGCUGGUCUUCUGCCUCCUGGAGUUUGGCAUUGCAUGCACAUCUUCCCACUUUGGCUGCCAGUUGGUCUGCUGUCAAUCAAGCAAUGUGAGUGUCAUGUAUCCAAACGUCUAUGCAGCAAACCCAGUGGUCAUCCCAGAACCAGCGACCUCACCACCAAGUUAUUCCAGUGAGUUCCAAGCAAACAAGUAAAGCUACAGAUUCUGGAAGCAUCUUUCACUGGGACCAAAAGAAGUCCUCCUCCGUUUCUGGGCUUCCAUAACCCAGGUCAUUCCUGUUCUGACAGCUGAGGAAAUGUCUCUCCCACUGUUCGUACUCUCACCUUCAUUCUUCAAUCAGUCUAGUAAAUCACGCUGUUUCUCUAUCAAGAAGAAGACAGAGAUUUUAAAUGGAUGUUAACGAAGAGGGCCUCCCUAGGGCGCAUGCACCUGCACAUAUGCGGGCAUCCAGCCUGGGGCCUUGGCACACACACACUCGUGUGCUCUGCUGCAUGUGAGCUUGCGGGUUAGAGGAACAAAUAUCUAGACAUUUAAUCUUCACUCUUUCAAUUGUGCAUUCAUUUAAUAAAUAGAUACUGAGCAUUCAA